GUAAUUUAUUCUGUUGUCAAUGUGAUUUUGGAUUAUGGUAGGAAUUCCUUGCUUCCGGUAUUGAAUUGUGGUUCCACUGACGGUGGUUCACGAUGGCAAUGAGCUCAACUUCACGGAGAGUUUUCAAUUCCGUUUACCGAAACAUUUCAUCUUCAUCUCCAUCUCCAUCUCGUUCCUCUUCCACCGACGCUAAACCUUUUCCACCUCCUCCUGUUGUUUCUUCCCGAAGAGUGGUUGUCACAGGUUUGGGUAUGGUGACACCUCUUGGUUGUGGAGUGGAUAAAACGUGGAAGCAAUUGAUUGAUGGAAAAUGUGGGAUAAGGACAUUGCGUUUGGAGGAUCUCAAGAUGACUAGUUUUGACUCAGAAACUCAGUUGACUACGUUUGAUCAAUUGACUUCCAAAGUUGCUGCCGUUGUUCCCACUGGAACCAACCCGGGCGAAUUCAAUGAGGAAUUUUGGCUUAAUUCUAAGGAACAUCGAUCAAUGACAAGGUUUGUAGCAUAUGCACUAUGUGCUGCUGAUGAAGCUCUUAGAGAUUCUAAUUGGUUUCCCACUGAGCAGGAACACAAGGAAAGAACGGGGGUGUCUAUUGGUGGGGGAAUUGGAAGCGUUAGUGACAUGUUAGACUCUGCACAACUGAUAUGUGAGAAGCGUGUUCGUCGACUCAGUCCAUUUUUUAUCCCACGGAUAUUGAUCAACAUGGCAUCAGGUCAUGUUAGCAUGAAAUAUGGGUUCCAGGGGCCAAAUCAUACUGCAGUCACUGCUUGUGCUACUGGGUCACAUUCUAUUGGCGAUGCAAUGAGAAUGAUUCAAUUUGGUGAUGCAGAUGUUAUGGUGACUGGAGGGACUGAGUCGAGCAUUGAUGCAUUAUCAAUUGCAGGAUUCUGCAGGUCUCGAGCCUUGACUACAAAGUAUAACUCAAUGCCACAGGAAGCAUCACGGCCAUUUGAUAGUGGUCGAGAUGGGUUUGUGAUAGGAGAAGGUUCUGGAGUCUUGGUCUUGGAGGAACUUGAGCAUGCUAAAAAUCGAGGAGCCAAAAUCUAUGCAGAGAUUCGUGGCUAUGGGAUGUCAGGGGAUGCAUAUCACAUUACUCAACCUCCCAGUGAUGGGAGAGGUGCCAUUCUGGCCAUGACUCGUGCUUUAAAACAGUCAGGUCUUCAUCCUUCUAAUGUAGAUUACAUAAAUGCGCAUGCUACAUCUACACAUUUGGGUGAUGCAAUCGAAGCUAAUGCUAUCAAAACCGUAUUCUCUGACCAUGCUAGCUCAUCUGCUUUAGCCAUCUCCUCCACCAAGGGGGCUAUUGGUCAUCUCCUAGGUGCUGCUGGAGCGGUGGAAGCAAUUUUUUCUGUUUUAGCAAUACAACAUGGAAUUGCUCCAUUAACUCUUAAUUUAACAAAGCCGGAUUCUGUAUUUGGUGAUGGUUUCAUGCCGUUGACUGCUUCAAAGGAGAUGCCGAUUAGAGUAGCUAUGUCAAACUCUUUUGGUUUUGGAGGAACAAAUGCCUCCCUACUUUUUGCCUACUCCGGAACAGACUAAUUUAUUCUACUGGCGUUAUUCUACAAGAGUUGUAACCGUCUUAUUUUUAUUCUAAUUGCACCGUGGGAGCAUUUGGCCAUGAUUAUGAUUCAAGUCUAAGUAGAUAGGAUGGUUGAGUUGACGUAGACAAAAAAUUUGUUUCGUAGUUUUACUCUGAUUGAUUUGAAAAAAAAUAUAAACCAUUAUUUUGAUCUAACUGAAUUUGUGAAUUCUUAUUAUGAAAAGUAAGUUAAAACUUAGUUAGGUUUGAGGAUAUAUAAAGUGGAUUUAACUGUACUGACUUAGCACAAUUAGUUAUAACAGUUAUUCGGCUAAAUGAAACUUAGUUAUGAUUGCUCUAAUAUAUUUAUUUCAAGGAUCAGUUAGUUAUCUCAAUUAUUAAACUUGAAUGAGAUGACUUAUCUUGGGUUGGAAAUGAAAAGAAAAAAGAAAUUUAAAGAAGAAAAAAGAUUAGGGUUUCUGCAGA